AACUCUUUAUUGAAUUAAAAUUAAAAUAUAACGGAUAAAUAUUCAUAGCAAAUAUAACUUCAAUAUUAAAUAUAUUAUUUUGACAUCUGUCCAGAGCGGAAGAAAAGUAGUUCGAGAGCAUCUUGUAAAUAUGAGUUCAAUGGUGGAUUUCCAGACGUUUAAUAUGACGGUUAUUUUGAGUGGAAUAAGAUGAAUUAAGUCAUAAAACAAUGACAUGUAUUUAACGAAACAUUAUACUUCCUAUCUGACAAGUCAGAAACGUGUUUGGCUUAUGUAGUAAUUGAUAAAUCUGCAGUGAAACAGUGCAAUCAUGUAGUUCGAAUUUUAUUUGGGACAGAUUUCACCACUGAAUUUUGACAAUUCCGUUUUAACUGUUCCUUACACAAAUAUAUUACGAAACGUCUAAGAAACUAUAGAAAACAAUGUCAGAAUCACAGAGUGGGGUGCCAUGUCUGCCGGACCUGUCUACGGAGGAUCUGAAGGACCUGCAGAAGCGUGCAGCCAAGGCCAAGAGGCACGAGGAGCUGGCCAAGAGAAAACAGACGCCCUACAUGCCCACUGCAAACCUUCCCUUGACCAGCUCUGUUGUAUUUGGGAACCCAGUGAAGAUCACAUAUGAGGAUGACAAGCUCAGACACGCUCUCGGUGAAUUUGAAGAUGCCACACAUUUCCUACAUCAUGGGGAGGUUAUAGGCGUUGAACGCCAACCCGCGACUCCCCUGCCGUCAGAUAAACGACAUAGAAACAGAUUUAUGCCUGCACCGUCACCGCUGACUGGGGACAAACGAAAGGAAUCCAGUUCUCACAGUGCCCAUAGACAGGAAAACAGGGAUGAUACUGGGCAGAGGUCUAGUUUUGAUGAUAGAAUCAAAGCACAUGAAAGUGCCAAAAACGUGUCUAAAGAUUCAAAUAGUGCUUAUGCUAGUUCAAACAGCGGUUCAGUGACGUCAAACCGGCCAGAACAACCAAAGUCUGCCCCACAUUCUGUGGACAGUAAUCUUAACCAUAAACAGCCAUCUUCCAGUAGUCAACCAAGGGUCUCUAAACCAGAUUUGUCACAUUCUAGUAAGCAUGUGUCUAGUGUAGUAAGUAGGGAACCAGUGCUAGAAUCGUUCAAUCAGCAAUUAAGUGUCAGUUUAAAAAAGGAGCUCCCUUCAUCCAUAGCCAGCAAGCCAGUUUUAAGUACAUCAAACCAGUCAUCGGAACAGAAUUCAAGGUCUUCCACAGACGUGCGGUCAGUCCUGAGUGAAAAGGAGGCUAACAGGACAGUGAAUGGAGUUCGGAAACCACGACCACAACUGCAUAUUCCGGAGACUGUUGAAGACAUUUUUCAGGAGUUUGAUCUUCCCCAGCCUGUCACUGCCAUAAAUACUCCCUUCAAAGAUGGGAAGACAAUCAAGUUUCCCUUCAAGAACCUCCUCGAAUCAAAUGAUCAGGUUGUCAGCAAAGAUCUGUUCAACAAGACAUCAGAAUCAGGUCGGGUUGAGGCGCCCCACUCAUCUGAAGCAGUACCCAUCAUCAGCAGCUCCCAGGCCAGCCGCAACAUGGAGGAAAUUGCUGACAAGGACCCCAGCAGCAGUAGCAGCGAUGCCAGCGAUGAUGAUGAUGAUGAUGUUGAUGAUGAUGGCAGUGGAAGCAGUAGCGGGUCAGAGAGUGAAGCGGAAGAUCACGAAGGUCAUUCUGACCAUGACAGGUCAUCUUUGGAACAGAAAGUAAAGACAGAGAUUUCUAGUCAACAGCAGUCAAGCUCAGCACCUGCCUCUAUGUUGCGCCACACCCCACUGGGAGGUUACAGAGCACCAGACAAGACACAACAGAUGGACACAUAUGAUCACAAGUCCAGCAGCGACAGUUCUAGUAGCGACUCCGGGGACAGCAGUGACAGUGGGUCAGACAGCGACUCCGAGCCCGAGCAGGAUGGUCAGCGGCAGGCCACGCCCCUGGAGGCAGAGCCCACCUCCUCACCAAGCAGUCAGUCAAGAAGAACUUGGGAACUAGAGAACUUCCUACCUAAAGUCAACCAGACAAUAAUAGGAAUCAAUGCAAAACCUCCCUCAUACGAGGCCCCUGCAUCCAAUAAAUCUGAGGACCAUUUUGAUGGUGACAAGCGCAGUGCUGACCACGUAUCAGACGAAAACCCGCCAUCCAAUGAUCAUGAUGGAUUAUCCAAAAGAAUGUCAGCGGAUGAGUUUUCUCCCCCAGUUCCCUUGGAUAAGGUGCCAGUUCUCUCCCCUAUCAAAUCCCCUAUCAUGCGGAUGAAUAGGCAUUCUAGUGCUGCUGAGAAAGUUAUUCCAAAAGACGAGUCUGUGAAUUAUAGUAAUAAGUAUGACAGUAUUAAGCAAAGAGAAAGAAAGUCCUCUCAGUCUAUGCCUAGUCCAGAUGUCAGUUUGUCUGACAAGGAAAAAUCUCGCAAGCCCCGACCUCGAAAGCCGCGGACGAAACCACCAAAAUCACAAGCUUAUGUUUCUGAUUCAGACAGUGAUGUGGAUGCUUUAAGCACCACCCAAUCUCAAACCCGAGUGACGCCUAAAAAAUCAUGCGGGGACAAAUCUCAGAUCACUUCCACAAACCUGCACACUGAAGAGUGCCCUAAUAGUGUAUUGACUAGCCCCAGUCUAAGACGAGACGGACAAACUGAUAGACACAUAAAGCAGCAGGACAGGAUAAAAUUAAAACCAGAGUAUUCAUUAGUUGUGCCUGAAAAAUUAAAUGACUGUGAUAUUAGCAAACCAGCAUCAAAAUCAUCAUCUCGGAACAUUAAAGAUCCAAGUGUUGAUCAGAUACUGGGUUCCUUUCCAGGUGCAACGCCACUGUCUCCUCUCCCAAACAACCCCAAUGUUGACAUUAGUCCAAGUUCUCAUAAAAAGCUUGUUGAAGCAGGCCUUGCCACUACUCCUAUUAAGCCAUUACAUGGAAACAUAUCUUGGGGAAAGGGUUCACCAUCAUUACCAGUCAGAAUUGACCUCAAACGGCUGGAAAGAGUGAUGUGUGUGAAUUCACAAAGUCCCCAUUUUCUUUCUUUAAUCUCUCCAGAGAAACCCCCAAAAGAUAUUAGUGCCAAAUCACCUCUUCCAAAUGACAUAAAUCAGCCUCAGAAAGUGCUUAAAAAUAUACCCGAUCGUUCAUUGCAGUUGCCUAAUAGUGCCCUAAAUAGAACUAGUAGGUCAGGGGAUAGUGAACAUUCAAAAAGUGCAAAUAGUAGUUUUAAAAGUGUGAUAAAACCGGAUUUAUCCAAAAGUGAUAGGAAUAAGCAAUUGGAAAGUGCUGACAAUACAGGAGUACCGGAUUUCGAUUCUCUACCGAUCCGGGAAACCAGUGCACCGGAUCCUGGCUCAGAUGAUUCUAGUGAUUCAGACAGUGUGAGUACUAUUAGUGGAAGUAGUGAUGGCACGUCCAGUGAUAGUGCAGGCGAUAGUGAUUCCGAUAUGGAGGCCAACACCAAGAAUGCUGACCACAAGUCCUCGUUCUCAUCCACUCACGAAGCAAACACAUCAAGUCAGUUAUUGAAUCAGUCACAACCUGAUGUUAGGAAACGUAAAAUCGAGUCUAGUCCAGUCGAAGACGUACAUGUAAAGCGGCGAAAGACAGUUUCUUCUUCACCGCACUCUUCACCUCUCAAACAAACCACGCCAGUCCAGACAAGUGAGCCUGCCCCGUUAGAGAGUGUGGCCCGGGGUGCCAGCAAGACUCCUCCCACCCUCAAACGUGAACGCCUCGGCAGUGCCUCUAGUCAACGCAGUACGCAGAGCAAUGUCAGUCACGCCUCCCAGCGAUCAAAGCGCCCUAAUGUCACGCCCACCAGCCCCACCCGUACACCCUCCGUCCCCCCAGCUAGCAACCCCAAGGAUCUCAAACCAGCUGUGACUGGGGAGCGGGGAUCUUCCAGUAGUCAAAAUAGUUCAAGGUGUGAGCCUCCACAACAGAAUGGUGUUGCUACCCCUGUGCGGGCAUCCAGGACUGGCUACAGUCUCAUAGAAAACAGGGAUGAAAAUGAAAGAUUAAUGACGAUUGAUGAGUACCACAAGAAGGCCAGAAAGUACAAGUACCAGGCUGAUGACAUGAAGCCUUCAUCGCAGAAACUGUGUCUGACAAAGCAUAUCCUGUACAUCGAGUCAGCACUUUGCUUCAUUCAGUCCGGCUACGCGUCAGAACGCAGCAAGAAAGACACAGACGCAGCCAAGAUGUACAAGGACACGCAGGUCUUUGUCCAGUACCGUUACAGCCAGUGUGAGGCAGAUGCCAGACGCAAUUCAUCUAACCCAGAGAGACCAGAAACUAAACUAGCAGUAUUAUGCCAGCGUAUUCAGUCUUUCCUGUUCAUGAAGAUGUAUUCUCUGAAGAAGGCAGAGACACUCAAGUUGAAAAAAAUCUUGGAGGAGCAGCAGAGCAAGGGUGUAAUAGUUGCCACCCAGCCAAACCCACCACCUGCCCCAUCCCCCCACCAACAGAACUGGAACCGGUCCACUGGAACCCCAUCUCCUAUGUCCCCCCAGCCGUCUCCUGCCAGUGUCUGCUCUGUAGGAUCUGUGGGUAGUGACCAGACACCCUCAAAGCUGUCCAACGGGACAUGUGCGGGGGGCCAGGUGCCCCCAGGGUCUGUGCUGGUGAGCCAGCGCAUACAUUCCAUCACCCAGAAGUAUUUCUCCAACACCAACUGCCUGCUGCAGGCCCACCAACACUGGGAACAGUCGGACGAGAAGAUUACUGACGAGAUCAAAGAUUUUUUCAUCAACCUAGACCAUGAAGUUGGACCCCUGACUUUACACAGUAGCAUGCAACACAUGGUCAAAUAUGUGCGUCUCGGCCUUAAUCGACUACACGAAAGCAUGCGAUGAAUGGUCAUCCUUCUUCGUGGUGAAAGAACAGAUAUUUAAACUGUAAAACUGGUGCCAGUCUCUCAUGUGUUCAAAUUCUUCCAAAUUAACCAUGUUGCAACCAUCACUUCGGUUGCAUACUGCAAUUUCACAUGGACCUCAUGGUUCUUGAACUUUAGGGUAUACAAGAACUUAUGUUGGAAUGAAUGUUUGAGGUGUUGUUGCCAGUGGUGUACUUAGUACAAAGUUGUGCAGGAUGUAUGAAAAACUACCACAAAGAGAAGCCAAACUUUGUAGAGUCUGAGACAGACUCUGUUAAAAUUCUUUGCUGGUUUUACGCUUGAAUAGAAUUCAGAUUGAUAAAGUGUUAGUGAAGUGUUAUGGAAAUUAAAAAAAGCCAGAGAUCUUAUGGAGUUAGAUAAGCUGUUAAACAGUUAUACAGUCUUCAUUGACGUUUGAUGAAGACGACAUUCUUCAGCAGUGUUUUGACCUACUUAUGCCAUGAUUAUUAUUAUUUAAUUUGUUUUAUUGAUCAAGCUAUUGAUAUGUUGAGUUUUAUAUUGAAGGACAAUUCAUUUUACGUGUCUCUUCUUUAUAUCCUGCAAUUUGUUAUUUAUUUCUUUGUAAGCAAAUUUGUUGCGAGUGACAGUAUUUCUUUGUAUUUAUAUGUUUCUACUAGGCUUUAGGACAUGUAGUAAUUCUGAAAUCAAAUCAGUGUUUUUUGUUAUGUUUGCUGUUAGUACCAAUUUUGAUAAAUGAAGAACGUUUUGCAAUGUCCAUUACAGAAAUGGCCUAUUUUUGCUCCUACUGUGAUAGGGUGUCUAUUCUAGAUAUAAUAUUAAGCCUUAAAGUGAUUCUUCAAACCGGUUGGCAGUGUAAGAUAUACAUGUAUAUACACUAAAAGACAGAUGGUUUAAAUAUUUAUUGUUCACUAAAGCUGUCACAUGACAUGUCAGAAUAUUUAUAUAUUAGGUGUUCUGAGUUACUAGAUAUGACAGUGGUGGAUGGCCUGUUAUUUAUGCUUGUUUAUGGAUGCAAACUUGUCAAACAAAAACUUGCAUCCCGCACGUGUUGUGUUUAUAAUUAGUCCCCUACCGGUUUCACCGGUGGAGACUUAUGGUUUUGUCUCCGUCCGUCCGUCACACUUUUCUGGAUCCUGUGAUAACUUUAAAAGUUCUUAAUAUUUUUUCAUGAAACUUGGAACAUGGAUAGAUGGCAAUAUGGACAUUAUGCACGUCAAUUCAUUUUGUUCCUUUGUCAAAAAUUAUGGUUGCUAUGGCAACAAAAAGACUAGAAAUACUGCUGAAAAUGGUGGUUUUUCUGGAUCCUGCGAUAACUUUUUAAGUUCUUUAUAUUUUUUCAUGAAACUUGAAACAUGGAUAAAUGGCAAUAUGGACAUUAUGCACGUCAUUUCAUUUCGUUCCGACGUAAAAAAAAUCUGGUUGCCAUGGCAACAAAUAGACUAGACAUACUGCUGAAAAUGGUGGUUUUUAGCCGGAUUUUUUUCGAAAAAAUCUCGGCUUAUAGAUUGAUGUU